CGCGCGGUUUUUACGCAAUCGGAAUAUGCUCUAAGAAUUUGUAUACAAAUAUAGCUUCAGUAAUUUUAUUAAUUUUAUUCUUUUAGUUGGUUAUACGAGAAAAAUGUUUUCUUCCAUAUAAUUAAAAAGUCAUUCUUGAAAUGUCCACCAAAAGAACCCUUCCGUUGUGGAUGCGUGAUGCCGAAAACUCGCCAGUGAGUAAAAAGACCACACUUUCAGAUAGCAAGCAGAACCAGGACUUAAUGGUGAAAGAUGAACAGCAAUCUACAAACGAUGAAUCGAAUCAAGAAAACAUUCCUAAGCGAAGGUUGCGCAGCAACUUCAAAUUGCCAGACGAGGGUGAGCCCAAACGUGACCGCGAAGUGAAAAUAAAUAUUGACGAUGUACCGUUCAUUGACUAUCGAGGUAAAAUUCAUUACUACACUGACUGGCGUGACAUGGCUUACGCCUGUGACCAGCUACUGCAGUGGGUGGAGAAGCAAACCCCCGAACAGAGCAAAGUGCCGAUAGCAUUCGAUCUGGAGUGGCCCUUCAGUUUCCAAACUGGUCCGGGUCGAACGGCUCUGAUGCAACUUUGCGCGGAAACCGAUUGCUGCUAUCUGUUUCAAAUUUCCUGUGUGAAGAAACUGCCGGCUGCGAUGUUACAGCUUCUGCUGCACCCGAGAGUUCAACUUCAUGGGGUCAAUGUGAAGAAUGAUUUUCGCAAGUUGGCACGACAUUUCCCGGAAGCCAAUGCCGACACGAUGAUUGCCCAGUGUAUCGAUUUGGGCCAGUGGUACAAUCAGAUCCAUGGAUCGACCGGUCUGUGGAGCAUGGAACGGUUGGUGCUGCAGGUAUGCCGGCUCCGGAUCGAUAAGAACAAAAAGGUACGCAUGAGCAAAUGGCAUGUGCUGCCGUUGAGCAAUGACCAGAAGAUGUAUGCUGCGGUGGAUGCUUAUAUUGGUCAACAAAUCUACCUCAAACUGCGCGAGAAGGAGCUGAAAUUGGAACAGGAACGUCAUGAGUUGGAACUGAGCUCUCCCUCACCGGAACAGUAGAACAGAACUCGAGAUCGGAUUUUAUUUAUUAAGGUA